CUCUCUCUCUCUCUCUCUCUCUCUCUCUCUCUCUCUCUCUCUCUCUCUCUCUCUCUCACACUCACACACUCACACACAACCGCCGCAAACAUGGAAGACGAGCUGACGGAUGUUGUUGACAUCGAGGGAGAUGAAUGUGAUGAAAGAGUCGGGGACCUGAACAGUGCUGAGAUUCUCCAGGAUCAGUAUUUACAGUCUGCUUGGAAGACAAACAGCAGUAUACUGCCGUGGACGCUGGACAGCUCCAUCAGCGAUGAGAACAGAGAGGCCAUCGAGAGCAUGCUGCUGGAGGAACAGUAUUAUUUUGCCAGUAAAAAAGCACCAAAGGUGGCAUGGACCAAUGAAAAGACUAAAGUAAAAAAGGCAUUGGUGAAGAGUUCUGGAGCUCAGACUCGUUGGGUUGAAGAGGAGAAAGAUCUCUUUGAGAAAGGACUGGCUCAGUUUGGCCGCAGGUGGACAAAGAUCGCCAGACUAAUCGGCACUAGGACAGUUCUGCAGGUGAAGAGCUAUGCUAGGCAGUACUUCAAAAAUAAGUGUAAAACAGACACACCUGCCAAAGUGCCCUCCUCUAAUGUGACUUCAGACACCAUGAUGGUCUCCUCGAUCCAGCCUCACGUCUCAGCCCUGACCAAUGCUGUGCGCAUCGAGCAACUCUCUGAUGAUGAAGAUGUUGACAUCACUGAUGACUUCAGUGACGAUGGGCUUCAGUCAGAAAUCCAGCCAGAGCCCCCAGACUCCCCAGAGUGCAACCACAAACAACAGCUCAGUCCACUGCCACCUCUAUCAGACGUACUGUCAGAAUCAGGAAGCACAGCUGAAGACGGACCCACUGAUCCAGGCACAAAUGGAAACGCUGCCAUUAUUUCUCAUAUUGGGAUUGAUUCGGAACCCGAGGAGGAAAGUGGGACAUGCUUCUCUAAAUCAGGCAGCCCAGGCAAACACAGCCUGUCUGAGGAGGAGAGCAUUGAAAGAGCAGAGAAGACUGGAUCAUGUGGAAGUCCUGAGGAAGAGGUGGAGGAAGACCAGGAGCAGGAGGAGGAGCUCAGAGCUCCUGAUCAGGAGGUUGUACUGGACCUAAACACGAUCACAGAGGAGGAGAAGCAAGCCAUCCCUGAAUUCUUCGAGGGGCGUCCAUCAAAAACACCAGAGAGAUAUCUAAAAAUCCGCAAUUACAUCCUGGACCAGUGGGGAAGAAGUAAACCCAAGUACCUUAACAAGACAUCAGUGCGUCCAGGCUUGAAGAAUUGUGGGGAUGUCAACUGCAUCGGUCGGAUACACACCUACCUGGAGCUCAUCGGAGCUAUUAACUUCAACUGUGAUCAGGCGAUCUAUAACCGUCCACAGCUGGUUGAUCGAUCUCGGCUAAAAGAAAACAAAGACAGUCUGGAGGUGUAUCAUCUCGCCCAGAGACUGCAGUCUAUGCGCACAAGGAAGCGGCGCAUUCGGGACAUGUGGGGGAAUUGGUGUGAUGUUAAAGAUCUAGAGGGUCAGACGUAUGAGCAUCUGAGCGCAGAGGAGCUGGCCAUCAGAAGAGAGGAAAUGAAGAAGAAAGGGCCAAAGCCAUCUAAACUCCCCAAACAGAGAGGCUCUCUGUUUGAUCCAUUCCAGCUCAUUCCAUGCAAAGCUUUUGGAGAGGAAACAGAGGAACCAUACAAAGUGAUUGUUUUGGCUGAGGCUCUUGUUGUCAUGGAUAUACAUGCUCAUGUAUCCAUGGGAGAGGUGAUUGGCCUUUUAGGAGGAACAUAUGAAGAGGAAGAGAAGGUGUUAAAGAUCUGUGCAGCAGAGCCAUGUAACAGCUUGAGCACAGGUCUGCAGUGUGAGAUGGACCCUGUCUCUCAGACUCAGGCCUCGGAGCUGCUCGGGGUCAAAGGUCACAGUGUGGUGGGAUGGUACCACUCUCAUCCAGCCUUCGACCCCAACCCCUCCCUCAGAGACAUUGACACUCAGGCUAAAUACCAGAGUUAUUUCUCUCGAGGAGGUGCGCCGUUCAUCGGGAUGAUUGUCAGCCCGUAUAACUCAAGUAACCCGUCUCCCCUGUCUCAGACCACCUGUCUGCUGGUCCAGGAGGAGACCGGACCCUCUGGACCUCAGAGGUUUCCAUACCGAUUUAACAUCCAGUAUUCACCUGAGCUUCCUGACUGGUCAGAAGUGAUGAGAAGAGCAGAAUGGGUGGUGUUCAAGUACAGGAUGUCUCACGGGAGUGUACCAAUGGACAGGCUCUUCCGCAGACACUCUUCUCUAACUUGCCUGGAAAAGAUGCUUACAUCAAUCCGGAAGACUUUGGAGCAGGUCUCAGAGAUUGACAUAGAGACUUUCCUGGCACAGAUAGAAACCUUGUUUAAUACACAUUUCGUCCCUGAGACCGUCUCUUCCUCCUCUCAUCUUCAUGAAACAGUAACACAGCCUCAGUUACUAUCAUUCGUCUCCUCUGAGCUAAUCAACAGCAGCCAUGCCACGGAUGAGAUGUGUGUUACGGAGUCUGACAGCCCAGAUGAACUGUACACUACAAGACCUGUCAGCCAUGUUAAAAGCUGUGAAGAUAUCAGCCCUGUGUAAAUACUGCUACUGCAUAGGACAUAUGUAUCAUUCAUACAUUGUACAAAAUUGUGUAACAUUGCACUCAUGUAGAUUUUAAU